AUGAGCUGCUUCACUAAAGGACUGGACAGCGCUAAGGUCCUGCUACUGGCUGGGACAGUCCCGGGGAACAGGGAGAUUCAGGUCCGGGGUCGGCUGACUCUUGGAUGGUUCCUGGAUAACAAGCAGUACAGAUCUACAGACUGUCACAGCACGCAAUCAGCUGUGACCCUACUGAGGCUAUCAGGCAGAGGGAAUCGUGACAACUGUGACUAUACUUCCUGUUUCCUGUCUAGGUACUGGGGUAGUGUGGUGCCAGAGAGCUGCAGACAGACUCACAUAGGAGAGGAGUGGAACUGCUUCUUCGGAUAUAAAGUCUACCCCACACUCAAGAGUCCAGUGUUUGUGGUCCAGUGGUUAUUUGAUGAGGCCCAGUUAACAGUAGAUAACAUCCACCUGACUGGUCAUCCGGUCCACGAGGGACAAUGGAGAUACAUACAGAAUCUGGGCAACGAGCUGAGGAACACACUCAAAGACGUCCCGGCCCUGUUUGCUCCAGCCUGCCUAUCCCAUGAGGUCAUCACCAGGAAUUACUGGAUGGCAUCCAAGUCAAAGGAACUCCCUCCCAGAGCCCUACAUGCGUGGGACCGUGGUCUCCACGACAACAACCUCCACCAAAGAUCCUCCAACAACAACACCCAUAGCAACAAUCCUAACCCACCCCAACAAGGCUCUGCCCCAGCUUCGCCUCCAAGGGGCUGUCCUCUGCGUCUGAUUGACAGCUGCCUGGCCUCACUGUAAUCCCACCUGUCCCACUAUACGGGAUCAGAUCACCGGACAGGAAAUGAGCGUGAUCCAGUUCCUGAAACACAUGGGUUUGAUGUUGCCAAGAUGGCCCAGCAACAGGGCAUGGACGCAGGGAAACUGCGGGGGAUGCUGAAUAACGGGAACUGAGCAGGGAGAGACUCACGCAGGUAGCUGAAAUGAAAACGCACACACACACUCUGACACAGCGGGCAUGGACCAAAGAACGCUUUGGUGGAGAUGAACGGAACUCAAUGCAACAAGAAUAGAACAGAACUGAACUCUAAGCGACAGGACUGAACAAAACUGAGCGAACCCCAAAAGCAACAGAACUGAACAGAAAAGUUACUGUGCUAAACUGAACUGGACUCAAUGGAUCUGAAUUCAGAACUUUGACUUGGUGCAACUCAAAAAACCUCAACUCUGAACGCAGCUUAAUAGUGUCUGCAACGGGACAGAACUUGACUAACUCACUGAAUAAUACCUCAUUUUUAGUUAUUAGAACACAACAACGGAACUGCUAAGUUUGAGUUCAAACAACUGAACAAGGCUUUACUCAACAAGGCAGAACUCAACUCAGCCAACUGAACAAGAACUAAACUGAAAUAAUUUAUCAGGCGCGA